AUGCCUGGCACCGCUGUUCACUUCGGUGGAGGCAACAUUGGCCGUGGUUUCAUCGCCGAGCUUCUUCACGAGACAGGCUACGCCGUCGUCUUUGUCGAUGUUGUUGACGACUUGAUUGACCGCAUCAAUGCCACCAAGUCCUACAAGAUCACUGAAGUUGGUGAAGAUGGAGAAAAGAGCAAGACCAUCACCAAUUAUCGUGCCAUCAACUCAAAGUACAACAUGGACGAUGUCAUUGAACAGAUUGCCAACGCAGACAUUGUCACCUGCGCUGUUGGCCCCAAUGUCCUCAAGUUCAUCGCCAAGCCUAUCGCCGAUGGUAUCUCUGCACGCACUGCCUCAAAGCCUCUUGCAGUCAUUGCCUGUGAGAACAUGAUCAACGCAACUGAUGCCCUCAAAGCCCUCAUCACCGACCCCAAGAACUUGAAGCCUGAGAUCCUCAAAGAUCUUGGCAGCAAAGCUGAAUUUGGCAAUUCCGCUAUUGACAGAAUUGUCCCUACCCAACCUGCCGAUGCCAACCUCGACGUUGUCAUUGAAUCUUUCUACGAAUGGUGUGUCGAGACCAGCGGCUUCAAGUCUGGUCAUCCCAACGUCAAGGGCAUCCACUGGGUCGAUGACCUUGAGCCAUACAUUGAGCGUAAGCUCUUCACCGUCAACACCAGCCACGCUACUGCUGCCUACUUCGCCUAUCAGAAGGGUAUCAAGACCAUUCAUGAGGCUAUGGCCGACAAGGAGAUCCGACAGGAAGUCCAUGAGGCUCUCGAGGAGACUGCUCAUCUGAUCAGUGGAAAGCAUGGCAUCACCCCUGAAGAACAACAGAAGUAUGUUGAUACCAUCAUCGCCCGUAUCUCCAACCCCCAUCUUGAGGAUGUUCCCGUUCGUGUCGGCCGUGCUCCCCUCCGCAAACUUGGUCGCAAGGAGCGAUUCAUUGGUCCUGCUGCUCAGCUCGCCGAACGUGGCUAUGACGUCACUGCUCUGGUCCGCGGUGUCGAGUACGCUCUUCGCUUCCAAAACGUUGAAGGUGAUGACGAGAGCAAGGAGCUUGCAGAGAUCCUGAGCACCCUUUCUGCCGAUGAAGCUACCACCAAACUCACCGGCCUGGAGAAGGAUCAUCCUCUCUACCCAAAGAUUCUCGAAAAGGUCAAGCUCGUCCAGGGCGAGAAGAAGUGA